AUGCCGACCUACAAGCUCUACUACUUCCCUCUGCCCGGCAGGGCCGAGGUCGCGCGCCUGUGCGGCGCCCUUGGCGGCCUCGACCUUGAGGAUGUGCGCUUCAAGGGCGAGGAGUGGCCCAAGCUGAAGGCCAUCGCGCCCUUUGGCCAGGCGCCCUUCCUGGAGGUGGACGGCAAAUUCGUGGCUCAGAGCGCCGCCAUCGACCGCUACCUGGCCGCGGAGGCCGGCCUGGUGCCCAAGGACGCCUUCCAGGCCGCACUCGCAGACCAGGCCUACGCCCUCUGCCACGACAUCAUGCAGACCCUCUUCGACACCUUUAAGAUCAAGCACAACGCGGGCGGCGGCGCCGCGGCCGCGCGACCUGGGGACGCUGUGGCAUCGCGCGCUGUCAGCCCCGCCGCAGGCGGCGCUAGCAGCGGCUGCGCCGGCAGCAACCGCCAGAUACAGCAGCCGGGUGCAGAUUGCAGGCGGCCGACUCGCUCUCCCUUGCUCUGCUUUCCUCAGGAUGCGGAUGAGAAGAUCAAGGCGCGCGAGGCGGCCGCGGCGGGGCCCCUGAAGGACAGGCUGGCACUGGCUGAUGCUCUGGUGGACAAGGCCGGCGACGGCUUUGUGACCGGCCCCGAGAUCACUCAUGGCGACCUGAACCUGUUUGUCACCCUGAGCGCCCUCAUUAGCGGCUGGCUGGACGGCGUGCCCAAGACGCUGCUGAACGACUUCCCCGCCCUCAAGGCCUACCGCAACAGGGUGGCCAGCGACCCAAGGGUCAAGGCCUUCUAUGAGAGGGAGGACAACCAGGACAACAUCCGCCAGGCCUUCAAGCCCGACGCGUGA